GUCACAUUGCUGAAAAAGAAAAAAAUACAACAAUUUCUACACGUUCAUUUUUAAAAAAAGCAAAAAGUUUAAAAAAAUCGAAGUUACCUGGAAAAUAUAGAAAAUGUUGGACAAUUGCUAUGUUUACUUCAAUUAAAGAAAACCUUAUACCUAUUUACAAUUUAAAUGAAGAUAUUGACAUAUUAGAACUAAAAAAUGACUUAAACCCUUUCUUGCAGCUUUGUCUCUGUUGUAUAUGUAAUAAGAUACCACAAACACCAGUUUCAUUAAAAAGAUGCGAGCAUUUAUUUUGUUUUUUAUGUAUUGUGGAAAAAAUCAAGUUUAAGUAUCUUGAUGAAACCUUUUGUCCAAAAUGCAAUGAAAAAGUUUUCUAUGAUGAUUUGUUCACAAGUAAGCAAACUGAUUCUCUUCUAAGGAUGCUUACUAUUGUUUGUUCUUUUUGCAAUAGUAAAUUUAAUUUAUUGAAAGAGUAUGAAUUAUAUGAGUCAUAAAGGCAUUUGUCUUAAAGAGGCAUCAGUUCCUCAAUCGUUUGCAGCAAGUAUUAGUGUCAAUGAUGUUUUUAAGAUAAAUGAAAAUAGUGAUAUUCCAUAUGAGGUAGAAAAAGCUGCGCUUCAUGUCAUUAAGCAAAAGAUGGCUAAAUUUGGAGGAAAGUCAGUAGAAUUUAAAAGUCGAAGACCUAGACCAAUCGUUUUUACACAGACACCAAAAGCUUAUGUUAACAGUGCUCAGGCAGCAGAAUCUACUUUGCGACUUCGUAAUACAAAUAUUUUGAAACAUUUUGAGACUGUAGCUGGCAAUUCAUGCGAUUCAAGUAUAAGUCAAACAAGUAAAUUGUUAUUAUCAUUUGAACCAGAUCAGAGACAGUCAAUAUUAAGUAAUACAAAACUAAAUCACACUAAAAUAAGUGCAAAUGUGAUGGUAGCUAUGAAAACUGAUAUGGGUAUCCCAUGGGAAAAACUUAAAGUAAUGUCUAGAUGGCUCAAAAAAUAUGAUAUAACCACUGCAUCUAAUGCUUCACAAAGAGUUGUACCUGAAAAUUGGUCGGGAAACGACAUUAUUGUUGAAAAUGCUCCUUUCACAUUUAAAAAGGAACAAAAAGGAAAGAUUGAAAUUAAUGAGGUACCUUGGGGUUAUAUUGCAGAUUUACCAAAGCAUAUUUUUACUCAUCUUGAACAAUUAGAAAGCUGUAACAGUCUUUUGUAUCAUAAGUUUAUUCCACAAAAAGAAAUUAAAAUUAAAAUUGGAGGAGAUUAUGGUGGAGGAAGUUUUAAGAUGUGUUAUCAGGUUGUUAAUACCUUAAAUCCAAAUAGUACAGAAAAUACAAUUGUUUUUAAUAUAUUUGAAUCAAAAGACCUCAGAGUUAAUAUUAAAGUAGGCAUGACAAGAUUUCAAAAACAAAUAGAAGACUUACAAACAAUGAAGUAUAGGGGCAAUAAUAUUAGAGUUUUUAUCUUUGGUGAUUAUGAAUUUCUUUGUGCAUUGUAUGGAAUUUCAGGAGCUUCUGGUAAACACUGCUGUUUGUUCUGUCAUGCAACAGCAAAUGAAAUAAAAGUUUUCAAAAAAGAAAGACCUGUUAUAGAACUACGUACGAUUGAAAGCCUUCAAAAUGAUUUUGAAAGAUUUAAGAAAAAUGGUGGCGCAAAGGAAAAUGCUAAAUAUUACAAUAAUGUUAUUACAGAACCAAUUUUAAAAAUACCUCUAGAUCAGGUUUCUUUACCAAGUCUGCAUAUUGCUCUUGGUGUAUAUUUGAAAAUUUUUAACAUGUUUGAAGAAGCAGCCCAUGAAGUUGAUAUUAUGAUGGCUGCAUCAAUAAAAAAUAAAGACAGUUUUUUAUAUGACUCAUAUCAAGACUUUAUUUUAAAACAACAACAUAUAUCAAAUCUUGAAAUCUGUAUCGCUAAUCUUGACGAUCAAAUUGAGCUAGUAAAUGAUGCUGUAGCUGCAGCUAUAUUAAAUAAUCCUGAAAAUGUAGAAAAUGUUCAGUCAAUAUACAUCCCUCAACUUGGUUCUCUAAACAGAGCACAUAUGGAAAAAAUACAAGAGUUAAAAGCUUUGGAAAAAAGCUCAGCAUUUCAGAAAAGUGAGGGACCAUGUACUCAACAGAUAGAGGUGAUAUUAAAAAAACUUAAUGUUCAGCGACAAGCAUAUCAUGGGAAAAGUUUUAUUGGUAACCAUGUACAUAAAAUGCUCAAAGAAGAAUCCAUAUUAGAGCUAUGCAAUUCUGUUCCUAUACUUGUUCAUAAAAAAGGAUUUUCUGGAACUACUCUUCAUGAAAAAUCAAUUGAAGUCUGCAACAAAUAUAAACAGCUUUUCUAUAAGUUUUCUAACUGUUAUCACAUAUUCUCCUCAAAAAAUAUAAGUACCAGUGAAUUAACACAACUCGAGACAUAUAUUUCUGAUUUUAUGAAAUUUUAUCGAGUCAAUUGGCCAGAAGCUUCAGUCACGCCCAAAUUACACAUGAUGGAAGAUCACGCUAUUCCAUUUUUACAAAAAUGGGGUGCUGGGUUUGGUUUGUACGGUGAACAAGGAGGUGAAUCGAUUCAUCACGAGUUUAACAAAUUAAGUAUGAUAUAUCAAUCUAUUCCUUGUCGUACAAAACGAUUAAAAUGUAUCCUUAAAGCCCACCAUCUAAAAACAAAUUGUCAAAAUAGAAUUUUGACACCAGCAAUAAAAAAAAGAAAAAAGAAAUAAACUUUAUUUAACAUAAAACUUUAUUUAUUAUGAAACUUUAUUUACUAAAAAAAUAUUUAAAU